AUGAAAGAGGUGAUUGCCAAAAAGAAAUCAACGGAAGAUGAACCUAAGGGUGUAACUGAAAAGUGCGGUAGAAUCUCACCAGAAAGGAGAAUCCCAAUUAAGAAGAAAGAUCCUGGACCGGUGGCGAUACCAUGCACCAUCAAAGACAUAACUUUCCCAAAGAUUUUAAUCGAUUCAAGUGGUGUGAGUUUAAUGCCGUUAUCUCUCUUCAAGAAGCUGGAUAUUGGAACAGUGAUGGAAAAAGGAACAAAGCUGAAAUUUGCUGAUCACAAUAUUAAGAAAUUUUGUGGGGUAGCUGAAGACGUGUUGGUGGAAAUUGAGAGAUUCAUUUUUCUAGUGGAUUUUGAGGUAAUGGAUAUUUCGGAAGAUGAAGAGACACCUAUUAUUCUUGGUCGACCAUUCUUGCUUACUAGUCGAUCAAACAUUGAUAUUGAAAAAGGCACUCUGACCAUGAAGUAUUUUGAUGUGGAGGUAACUUUUAAAGUGUCUGGCAUCAAGAAGUAG